AUUUUAAGCGUGCAGGAGAAAUCCGAAACAAAACAAACAACAUGUGUUGUGGUCCGUGGAUAGUCUUGUUUUUCAACGGCAUCUAAUGAAAGUUAUUUCAAUUACGUAACUUGUCUGCCUUUCAAAUUCGCUGACUCUUUAGAUCAUGUCCCAGCAUUACAACCGAUUUCUCAAACUUCUGGAACGUUGGCCGGUUGACCAAAGUAAGAUAGGCCGGGAUCUAGGCCAGUACUUGCGCGAUCAACUGAAAGCUGUACUCGGAGGAUCUAACAUCAUUGCCGUGAACGACGAACGACUCUCCAAGCAGUAUCAGUCUCUCGAAAAUAUCGUGAACGACGUACAUCUUCGGGCACAUCCCCGUUCGCUCAACUCAACGGCCACCGGCCUGAAUGGGGAGCAGUGUCGUGAGGUGCUGUCUUCAGAAUUCUUAGAGGAAGUCAAUCGGAAGUAG